GCACAUUUCCCCUCCAGUAUGAACGAGUCGACGGCGUCCCCCGCCCGUGUUGCCAUCUGCCUUAUUCUGCUCGGCUCCUGCAGCCUGCAAUGCCUCGCCUUCCGAAACACGGAGCGGAGGCAUGCCAGACGACUGCAGCAGCGGGCCGCUCUGGCAGAGCCUCGUUUAGGAGAUACAGACAAUGUGAGCGCAUCGAAUCCGGAAGGUCACUCGGAGUUGCCGGAGCAAACCGUCGGCGCCGCUGCUGCCUCUGAAACCCCAUAUGGAGCCUCAGCGGAACCAUCUGGGAUCUCAUUAACACCGUGGUUAAAGCGACGCCGCAAACUAUGUAGGGGUGACAUCUCCAACCCUAAUGUAAAGGACCAGGUAUGUAGUAGUACUGCGAGUGAAACAAUGGGCGGGGCCAGUGAAGGAGCUGCUCAUGAUUCCACAGGGAAUCCGGGAGGAGAUAUUUUUGAACCCAGCAUCCUGGAGGAAGGCGGAAGCAUAGGCCGCACUGGGGUACCCCCGUUGAUCACGGAAGACUCGCUGCUCGGGCUUCCCAGCGAUCGGUCCCCAAGUCUCCUGCCCUCUGCUGGGCAAUCGCUGCAUGACGUCGAGCGGGUCGCACAUGGAGACGGCCCCUCGCCGCCAACAGACACUACUGCAAAAUCCAAACUAGUUUCCACCGCCUUCGAUCAGGACGAGGACACCUUGGAUGGCUGGGGACACUCGCGAGUCACGCCUGGGGCUGCCACGGCCGUCCUGGCCACGGCACUUCCAAGCGACGAUUGGGAUGAUACAAAACUCGGAGCUGCCAGCCAGGCAAGGGAAACGACGGCUACGGCGGCGAGCCAAUCCCAAACGGUAGGAGAACCUUACCCGGGAGAGGGGGAGGAGGAAGAUGACGACGAGGUGAGAAGAGUCUUCCCACCAAGGUUAUUAGCCACCGCGGCGAAAGGAAGCCAAAAUCUUCAGACUGGUCCGGUCCGACCACCUUUGCGAACGAGUUGCAAAGACCCACGAGGCUGCUACUGCAAUAGACACGACCAAAUCGGAUGUCUUCCCAACCAGAGAGAUACGUUGAAAGGUGCUACGCAAGAGGUAGCAGCAGCCCUCCCCAAAACUGAUGCUGUGCUUUCCACCACCGUGCCUGGAGAUUUUCCUACCCAGGAGGCUACGGGAGAAGGGAGGGCGAGGGAACUGGCAAGCCACAUUCCCGAAGAUCUGGGGUCCUCGGUGUUGCCGGAGAAGCCAGAAAACUUUGUAACUCCAGCAUCUCCACUGGCUGCCGAUCUCUUCGUCAUCCCAACACCCGAGGCUGGAGGCCCCACCGCUGCCCUCGUAAAGAAAGAAGACGCUGCUGUUGAUGAAGCGCCCGCAACUCCGGCCGGAAUGUUGACCGGGGAGAUUCCAGGUGCCACUGUAGCCACAUCGGCUCUGGCUUCGGUGCCAGCUGCUGCAAGGAGAACCACCAUCCCGGCUGCGCAUCAGGUCACCACAGCUGCAACCUACGGUCUAGACGGGCUGGAAUCGGAAGAGGAGGAGGAGGAGGAGGAAGAUGAAGAAGAGGAGGAAGAAGAAGAACCAGAUGAAGAGGAAGAGGAGGAAGAUGAUGAGGAUGAAAAAGAUGCCAACUUGAUGAAUGAGAGCCUGGAGGGAGAUGCUGGCCAGGAUGGUUUCACUCUGCCUGAAGAGACAUCUCAAGACCCCUUGGAGAGCCUGGAGAAUCCUGUUGGGGAACUCUCUGGAGUGUCAUACCAGGUUCCAGGUGCCAUUGAAUGGGAAAGGCAGAACCAAGGCCUAGUGAGAAACUGGAUGAAGAAGCUGAAAGACAAGGUGACAUAUGUUCCCUGUACCUGGGCUUUCUCAUGUUCCCUGAACCUGGACUUUCUGUUUGCAACAGUCUCCGCCUCCUUCAGCAGCCAUGUUGUGUUUGGCUCCUCCUUCCUCAGCGGCCAUUUUGUGGUUGCGCCGCCCAACCCUGUGUCCGAAUUCCGGAAGUGUCCACAGGCUCAAAAAGGUUGGGGCCUCCUGGCUUAG